AUGGCGAUCGCGCGCGUCGUCGCGGACGCGCGUUCGAUGCGACGGCCGCACGCGCGUGGACGCCCGCACGCGCGCGCGCGCGCGUCCUGGCGCAUGUCGGACGACGACGUGCGUGAUGAUGCACCGCGUGCGGACGCGCGCGCGACGUCGACGAGCGAACGGACGGGGCGAACGGGAUGGGAGGGACGACGCGCGCGCGAAGUCGCGGAGGACGCGCGCAGGCGAGGGACGGCGACGCGGUACGAUCGACGGGCGAUCCGGCGAGAGCGAGGGGAUGGACCGACGAUCGCGGAGGGGUUGAUCGGGGAGAUGGUGUACGGGACGAAUCCGGUGUUGGAGGCGUUGCGGCAGAAUCGACGGACGCUCUUCGCGCUGUACGUGCAGACGGGCGAGGGCGGAGGCGGACACGGAACGUCGGAGAUCUUGCGGUUGGCGAAAGAGUUGAAGGUUGAGGUGAAGAGUGCGAGUAAACAUGAUUUGAACAUGGCGUGCGAUAAUAAGCCGCAUCAAGGGGUGUUGCUCGACGCCGAGGCGCUGGAGAUUCCAACCGUCGAGGAGUUGCCGAGAUGGAACGGCGUCGGUUCGCCCCCGGUGUGGCUCGCUUUGGACGAGGUGGUGGAUCCGCAGAACCUCGGUGCGAUGCUUCGAAGCGCGCACUUCUUGGGCGUGGACGGUAUCGUCGUCUGCACUAAGAAUAGCGCCCCGUUCAACGCCACCGUGAGCAAGGCGAGCGCGGGCGCGAUGGAGGCGCAAGUCGUCCACCGCACGGGCGUCAUGCACCGAUUCCUCGCCAGAGCGCGCGACGACGGCUGGGACGUCGUCGGCGCCGCCGCCGAUCCGCGCGCCGAAAACAUUCACGCCUUUGAGGUCGCCGCGCCCACCGUUCUCGUCGUCGGCAACGAAGGCGUCGGCAUUCGCACAAACGUUCGCCGCGCGUGCAACCGUCUCGUCUCCAUCCCUCGCGGCGUCUCCGCCACCGACGGCGUCGACUCCUUAAACGUCUCCGUCGCCGCCGGCAUUCUCAUCCACGCCCUCUUAGCGUCCAGAACCGUGUAA